UCACGUGGCUCACCGCCGAGCCACGGUUGGAGCUGGCGCAACGUGACGGGCGGGGCGUGGAAGUUUGUUCCCGAGUUCGGAGCCCAGGAGUCCCCGCGGCCGUCGCGCAGGUGCCCUCCGCCAGGGUCGGGAUGGAGCUGCCCGCCGUGAACUUGAAGGUUAUUCUCCUGGUUCACUGGCUGCUGACAACCUGGGGCUGCAUAGUGUUCUCAGGCUCCUAUGCCUGGAGCAACUUCACUGUCCUGGCCCUGGGCGUGUGGGCUGUGGCCCAGCGGGACUCCGUUGAUGCCAUAGGCAUGUUUCUUGGUGGCUUGGUGGCCACCAUCUUCCUGGACAUUAUCUACAUCAGCAUCUUCUACUCAAGUUUUGCCACUGUGGACACUGGCCGCUUCAGUGCUGGCAUGGCUAUCUUCAGCUUGCUGCUCAAGCCCUUCUCUUGCUGCCUCGUUUACCACAUGCACCGUGAGCGAGGGGGUGAACUCCCACUCCGCCCCGAUUUCUUCGGACCAUCUCAGGAGCAUAGUGCCUACCAGACAAUUGACUCACCAGACUCACCUGCAGCCCCCUUUGCAAGCCUGGAGGACAAGGGCCAAGCUGCCCCCCGGGGGUACUGAAGCUGCCCCCUAGUCUUCCCAGUGCCCAGCAGGAUGCUUGUUACCUCCUUUCUGGACUUAUAGUGGAGUGUCCUCCAUUCCCUACCAUAGAGGUGGCGUGAGUCAAGUGCCUUGGAGGUCAAGAUCCUCUGGCUUCCCAGCUGAGAAGAGCCGUCCUAACUCUCCAGGGAGCACCUCCCUUCAAGGCACCUGCUGACCCCUGGCUAGAACUGUGAUUGCUUUCUUUACCUCCUACUUCCUAGCUAUGCCAUGCCCCUGCUGAGCGGUGCAGAGUGCUGCAGGGCCAGGCCUUAAGGCCAGUGACGGCUGCCUCUCAGGCCCUAAGAUGGUCCAGCCCUCCCUAGAAGCUCUGGGAGCUUCUGGUCCUGCUCAGCCUGUCCUGCAUAGGAGCAAAAUCCCUGUGCUGGUCACUGCCUGAUGGCGUGGCACCCAGGGACCCCAGGCCUGGAGGCAGUAGGUCUGCAGAGCCCCUCUCAGAGCCCUGGUGUUAAAAUUCAGGGGUUCUGUGGCUGGGCUGUGUUCGAGCCAUGUUUCAUCUCCCAGCUGGGCCCUGCCUUGCAGCCCAUGAACCAUGCUUUAAUCUCGAAGGUGGACCAGUGAGAUGGCUCGUGGGGAAGGGCCUUGCCACCAAAAUUUGAGUUUGAUCUUGGGGACCUGACUCCUGAAAGUUGUCCUCUGACCUCCGUAUUUGUACAGUGUCACAUACCCCUCCACAAAUAAAUGUAAUUAAAUCCUAAA